AUUCAGGAUAAAAAAAUUAUUUAUAAAAAAGUAAUGCAACCAGUUAUGAUAAUUGUGUAGUUGUGUUUUAAUAACAUUAAAUUUAUUUCAUUUCGUCCUCUCUUUUAUAAACUGCAUUACUGACAGAGCGUAAGGUUUGGUUAGGUUGCAUACGAGAGUCAGUAGUGAGUAACACGUGUAUGCCGGCUCAAGGUAAAAGAAAGUGUGUUUAUUGAGUUGUUUAUUUUUUAUAUUUAAACAGUGUUAUAUUUAUAUUUAAACAUCAAAAUGGGUGUACACGACAACGCGGAAUCCAAAUAUAAUGUUAUGGGAACGUCGAGUUUCUCCAAGUUAGCACCGAAACGACCAAACACUGUUGUUUUUGGGGAGAAUCCCGCCAAAGUCCAGAAACACGAGGAAAAUAAUUCAAGUUUUCAGAAUGUUGAGAAUAUGGAAUCAGGAAACGUCAAUAGUUUUCAUCAACAAAGAAAAUCUCUACCAGUUUAUCGUCUUCGGAAACGACUUUUGGAAGAAAUAAGAAAAAACAGUACGUUGAUUAUUAUCGGAGAAACUGGUAGUGGUAAAACUACACAGAUUCCACAGCUGUUGCUCUCAUCAGGAAUAGUUGGUCUUGGUGGUCGCGUUGGUAUAACUCAACCGCGAAGGGUAGGCGCAGUUAGCAUAGCUCGUAGAGUUGCACAGGAGCAAGGGGUGGAAAUUGGUAAACUAGUGGGUUACUGUGUACGAUUUGAAGAUGUGACGUCAUCUCAAACCAGAAUCAAGUACUUGACGGAUGGUAUGAUGGUACGGGAAGCUAUGACCGAUGAAAUACUAUCGGAUUAUUCGGUUGUAAUAUUAGAUGAGGCACAUGAAAGAUCUGUACAAACUGACGUACUACUUGGUGUUGCUAAACGAGCACAGAAUUUGAGGAAGUUGAAGAACUUGCCGCCACUUAAAUUGUUGAUCAUGUCUGCGACGAUGGACGCGGACAAGUUUGUUAAGUAUUUUCAUGCGCCCGUUUUAUAUCUCGAGGGUCGGCAGCAUCCAGUUAAGAUCUAUCAUGCUGUUAAUAGUCAAGAGGAUUACGCUUUUUCUAGUAUGGUUACGGCCUUUCAAAUCCACAGGGAGACACCAGCCAACGAGGACAUUCUCGUGUUUUUGACCGGACAGGAAGAGAUAGAGACUGCUGUAGCCAGUGCAAGACAGGUUGCCAAACAGUUGGACGGUAAAGGAUACCCACCGUUGAAGAUAUUUCCUCUCUACUCGGCUCUACCGACUCAUCAGCAGUUGGAAGCUUUCAAGGCUGCUCCCACGGGAAUGCGAAAGCUUAUUUUCUCGACGAACGUUGCCGAGACGUCCGUUACGAUAGGCGGUAUUCGACACGUGAUCGAUACUGGUAUGGUCAAAGCAAGAACGCAUCACCCAACGACGGGACUGGAUGUGCUCAAGGUGGAACAGAUCUCAAAGGCGCAAGCUUGGCAAAGGACAGGAAGAGCCGCUCGCGAGGCAUCGGGAAAAUGUUAUAGGACUUACACAAAGGACGAGUUCGAGAGGAUGAAGGAGAUGCCUCUACCGGAGAUACAAAGGUGUUCUCUAGCGGGAGUUGCUCUACAGCUUCUCGCUAUCGGCGUCGAUAUUACUAGUUUCGAUUUUAUGGACAGACCACCCAAGGAAGCUGUCGACGUUGCGGUGACGUGUUUGGAAAAGCUCGCAGCUGUGAAAGGUUCCCCACCGCAAUUGACUACUCUGGGUAGAACGAUGUCAUUGUUCCCCUUGGAUCCUCGAUUUACUAAAGUGAUUCUAGCUUCCGUUGAACAUCGAUGUCUCGAGGAAGCUCUCACCGUUAUUGCACUCCUUUCUGUACAAUCGAUAUUUGCCGAUCCACCGGCUAAAAGACAACAAGCAUACGCUGCUAAGUCUCGAUUUGCUUCUCCCGAAGGAGAUCACGUUACUUUACUCAACGUUUUUCGUAGUUAUAUUAGUACAAGUCAGAAAAAGGUCUGGUGUCAUGAAAACUUUCUACACCAUCGGAAUUUGGAAUAUGCCUCGGAAGUUAGAAAACAACUUGCCGCUUUAGCCGAACGCGCGAAUUUAGAAAAAGUCAGUUGCGGAAAUAAUACGCAACAACUUAGGAAGGCUCUACUCGAAGGGCUCUACGAUAACAUUGCUGAAUUACAAAGGAAUAAUAAUUACGUUACGGUGAGCUCGAAACAGCCAGUUGCAAUACACCCAUCUUCAACUUUGCACAGUACAAAACCAUCUCUGUUAUUGUUCACGGAAAUUGUAACUACCGGCAAGUGUUACCUACGUGAUUUAUCCGUCAUCGAGAAGUCAUGGUGUUCGAAUAAAGGAAUCGUUACGAUCUAACACGAAUUGAUAAAAUGAUCAAUGAUUUGUAUAUCUCAAUAAUAAUUAGAUAAAUUAUUUUGAUGAAGAUAAAAAUAAUAAUAAUACC